UGACAAGAUGGUGGCAAUCAAGAUGCAUCUCACACUGUACACGGUUUUGCUUUUUAACUUCUUCAAUAGUUUCGUCUCUGCAUUGUACUUCCACAUCGGGGAGACGGAAAAGAAAUGUUUCAUAGAAGAAAUUCCGGACGAGACUAUGAUUAUCGGAAACUACAGGACACAGCUCUAUGACAAACAGAGAGAAGAGUACCUUCCUGCCACACAGGGUCUCGGGAUGUUUGUGGAAGUUAAAGAUCCUGACGAGAAAAUAAUCCUGUCCCGUCAGUAUGGGUCAGAGGGUAGAUUCACCUUCACGUCCCAUACACCAGGAGAGCACCAGAUCUGUUUGCACUCUAACUCCUCCAAGUUUGCUCUCUUCGCCGGGGGAAUGCUGCGAGUUCACCUGGAUAUCCAAGUUGGGGAGCAUGCAAAUAACUACGCUGAAAUUGCCGCCAAAGACAAGCUGACGGAGCUGCAGUUACGAGUGCGGCAGCUGGUGGAGCAAGUGGAUCAGAUUCAGAAGGAACAGAACUAUCAGAGAAGAGUGCUUUGGUGGUCCAUCGUUCAGACGCUGAUCCUCGUCGCCAUUGGCUUCUGGCAGAUGAGACAUCUCAAGAGCUUCUUUGAGGCCAAAAAAUUAGUGUAGGUUCAGAUUUUUUGCGACAUGUUUAGUUUAUGCAGUACACUCUGCUCAGCACUCAGAAAGAACAUGCGACAUGCACCCCGACCGAGGUAAGCGACACGAGUCUGGAGGAGAACGCGUCUGGAGAAGAAACCGUCUUCAGUACACAGCCCCACAGUUCCCCUGUUUCACAAUCUGCCCGGAAGUUUCUCUCACAACAGCCUUUCUUUCUUUCUUCCUUUCUUUUUUUUCCCCCCAUCGACUGCCACAUUCCGCUCCCUGAUGAUGCAAUAAGUAAUUUAUGCCCCAGUUAUAUUUAUAAAAAACGACAAGCUUUGUUCAGAUCCAUUUUGUUUGUCAGGAAAAUGGUUCUAAUCGAGAUUUAUGGAAUGAAAAUAUUGUUGGAUAAACCUUAGUUCCAGACAAACAAUGUCACUUAGUGAAGUUUAUAAACAUUUGCCCAGCGCUUCACAGAGACAGCAGUUUAAUUUCACCCCCAUGCACUGGCUCUCCAGCCGCUGGAUAAUGUUCUGAACUAAAGAGUCAUUAUUAGAGAGAUUAAAGAAAUGAUCAUUUUUCCUCUUGCUCGAAGACUUAUGUGUCUGUCACUAGAAAACUUGGAUACUGGUUGCUUUGUUUAGUUACAGAUAUUUAAAUUGUAUGUGUGUGUGUGGUUGUUGUUUUUUUUUUUUCCUUGUAAAGAAUGUGUAUUCUUAAAUUUAAAUUACACUUUAUUCAUUGAUAUAAAUGUGGCUCUCUUUUUUUUUGUUUUUUUUGUUUUUUGAAGUGUCGUUUAUUUCAUCGAAGGACAGAUGCUGAAGACAGAGCUGUGAUGAGGUCAUACCCUUUGACCUUUCUGAAUUUUGCUCUGUAUUCUCUGCCAUUUGUGAUUGCUUCCCGUUGAGAAGGCCACUGUUUUCAUCGAGUCUGUCAUUUCCACCACAGAUGUUAAAUUUUUUUUUUCUUUUUUUAAACUUGAACGUAUACCGCAACAUUUAUUUCAGAAAAAUUGCUGAUACAUACUACUUUUUUGUUUGUUUGUUUUUUUGCAACUAGUUGAUCGGACACAUUUUCCCAAAUGUUAUGCAACUGGGGCAAAAGACACUGGUGUAAAAAUGUCUAGAGAUUUUAGAUGCUGAACUCAUGGGAGGGGGGGUGCACAUGAGUCCAGCAUCUAGGAUCUAAGCUCUGUUGUUCUAAGGCUUGCGGCUUUUGUUUUGUCCUGUGCAAAACAACUCAGGUAGUUGGUGUGUCCGAGUAAACGUGGCUUAAUUGGAUACACGGCUGUCCAGAGGACAGAGGCUGGCGUGUGCUAUGUAUUUUGUUUUUAACGAGAAGAGAAAAAAAAAGACAGAAAAAUGUUGCUUAAGGGAGAUUACAAUUGACUUCACAAGUAAAGAGAUCAAAUUUAUCUUUUUAAUUGGAUACUGUUGUAUCUUGCACAGUCACACCAUCACUAUCCCGUCUGUUUAUCUUUUGAGUCAUAAAACACUUUUUGCAGUACUACUUUGUAUAUGUUGCCAUCAGAGUCACUCAAAAUUUACACUUUAAUAUUUGCUUUGCUCCCUUUUACUUUUAACUUUUUUUUUUUUUUUAAUUUGUUAUGUUUGCAAAAGGUUUGUGUCGAAACGGGGAUUUUCUUUUUUUGAAAACAAAAUAAAUCUUUCGGUGGAAGUUGAUGGUUUAAAAUAUCUUGGGUGGGGGAAUAGAAGAUUUUAUUAAUGUGAAAUUGUGUACAUAAUUGCACUCAAAAAUAAAGUUUUGACUCCGUAGAAUUG